GAAUACGAAGAAUCGAGAGUCGUCGGGAGUCAACUCGAGUGCACAGACGACGCAAUUUUCAACAGGAUAUCUUGUGUGUGCAGCAGCACGUAGCAGAUUGGCCGAAAGAUUGACGUUGAAGAACACACACCCAAAAUUUUGUCUUGGUGACCAUCAUCAUCAUGGUGGCCGCCAUUUUUCUCAGCUUGAUAUUAUUGGCCCUCGUUGUCGUUUUAUUUCUGUUUACACAAUGUCGCCGCCGACUAGGAAACAUUCCUCCAGGGCCCAGGGGCUUGCCGCUGGUUGGCUACAUCCCGUUCUUGAAGAAUCACGAUGCCAAACCUUACAAGGCGCUGAUCAAAUUGAGCCAAAUCUAUGGCCCAGUGACUGGAUUCUACAUGGGACCGAGUUUCACCGUCUCAGUCUGCGGCUACGAGGCGGUUGUCGAAGCCCUGCACAAUGAAGACUUGAACGGCCGACCCGAUUCGGCCGCCCGGCGUGAAAGGACAUUUGGCAAAAGACUCGGUUUGAUGUUUAUCGAUGGAGAUUUCUUCCGUGAGCAAAGGCGGUUCACUUUACGACAUUUGCGGGACCUCGGAUUCGGUCGGACAUCAGCCGAGGACAUGAUACAAGACGAAAUUCGUGAGAUGAUCCGCGUCAUUAGCGAUCAAUCCAGUUCCGAUCCGAGUGGAGUGGUCGAUUUUAAAAACGGAAUUUUCAAUCGAUCCGUUCUCAACAUUUUGUGGGCGCUGAUUGGAGGUGAGCGUUUCCAUCGGGACGACGCCCGUCUCACCAACCUUUUGAACAUGGUCGAUUUCUUCAAUCGAAAUUUCAAACCUCAAACGGCCAACGUUGCUGUGCCCGGUUUCCUCCUCCGAAUGUUCCCGUCUCUGAGGAAAAUACUGGGCAUCCGCAACGACAUCUUUGAGCCACUUCAAAACUUUAUUCGAGCAGUUAUUGAAGAACACGCCAGAGAUCGUGACGAUGUCCCACGUGAUUUUAUCGACGUCUACUUGAAGGAAAUGGAGAAACAGCAAACGGAUUUACCAGAAGACCAGAAACAAUCGACGAGCUUUCACGUCGAACAACUAAUUGCGCUCGUAAUCGAUCUCUUCCUCGCUGGAGCGGAGACUAGCAGCAACGCCAUCGGUUUCGCGCUACUUUACAUGGUUCAUUACCCGGAGGUUCAACGGAAAAUGCAAGCCGAGCUGGAUCGAAUUUGUGGCGACGCUCUUCCGUCGCUUGCCCAUCGUCCUAGUCUGGUGUACACCGAGGCCGUUCUCAUCGAAUCUCUUCGUCUGGCCAAUGUGGCGCCUUUGACUUUGAUGCACUGCGCCUCUAAGGACACCCAACUCGGAGGAUUCAACAUCCCUAAGGCAAGUCUGGUGCUGAUCAAUCUCUAUUCCGUCAACAUGGAUGAAACUUACUGGACCGAUCCGCAAGUAUUCAACCCUGAAAGGCAUUUAGAUUCCGAUGGAAGUCUAUUGAAGAAAUCGGAGCGCUUUAUGCCUUUCGGCUUAGGUAAACGACAGUGUUUGGGCGAACCGUUGGCUCGAAAUAGUUUCUUCCUUUUUACGGCGGCGUUGGUUAAAGCGUUCCAGUUGGAAGCCGUUCCGGAUCGCCCUCUUCCAACGUUGGACCCUCUGACUGGCGUAACCAACGGAUACCAGGGAUUCCAAGCCAUCGUAACGCCCCGCAUUUAAAAAUAAAAAAAAAAAAUUCUCAAAUAAAAUGCAAAUAAAAAAACAAAACAAACAAACGCACACGGCCGCCCAGGAAACUUUUUAAAAAUAUAAAAAGAACCAAACAUUUCAGAAGAAGUUGAGAUCAUCACUCACCUUGACGGCGGUAAUUCGUUUUUCCCGAUGCUGAAAACAUUCGACUUACAAUAUGGAAACAAUUUCUUUUUUUCUGGAUGAGAAAUAUAAAAGAAAGUUAAA